AUGACUACCAGACGAUAUAUUCACACAGCAUCUGUAUUAUCAAAUGGAAAGGUAUUAGUUACUGGUGGAUACGAUAUUAGUGUUUCAAAUAGUACUGAACUGUAUGAUCUAUCAACAGGUAUUUGGACAACUACUAGUGAUAUGACUAAUGCACGAUAUGAUCACACAGCAUCUGUAUUAUCAAAUGGAAAAGUAGUAGUUACUGGUGGAUCUGAUGGAAAUGCUGCCGCUUUAAACAGUGCAGAGUUAUAUUAA